AUGUCUUCUUCCUCUUCUCUUCAACGUCAAGCCUCGUCAUCCAAACCCAAUCACCAUGAUCAUCACCAACAACAACCACUUAGCAGGUACGAGUCUCAAAAACGUCGAGAUUGGAACACCUUUGGCCAAUACCUCAAGAGUCAACAUCCACCUGUUCCACUAUCAAACUGUACCUUCAACCAUGUUCUUGAUUUUCUCCAUUACCUUGAUCAAUUUGGCAAGACCAAAGUCCACUUGAAGGGUUGCAUCUUCUUUGGCCAACCUACCCCACCUGCACCAUGUGCUUGUCCUCUCAAGCAAGCUUGGGGAAGUCUAGAUGCACUCAUCGGACGCCUUCGUGCUGCCUACGAAGAGAACGGCGGAUCACCGGAGACUAACCCCUUUGCCGGAGAAGCCGUGCGGGUUUUCCUCCGUGAGGUGAAGGAUAGUCAGCAAAAGGCAAGAGGGAUUCCAUAUAAGAAGAAGAAAAAGAAGAAGAAGACUAGUUACCAGAUAAAAGGGAGUACUAGUAGCACAACUCAAACUCAACAAAGUACCUAUGUCAACCAACAAGAUUCUUAA